AAUGGAGGCGGUGCAGCCGCUUUUCGCUUUCGGUGUCAUUGCGGACAUCCAGUACGCGGAUGCCGAAGAUGGGUACGACUACAGCGGGAUCAGGAGGAGAUAUUACCGGCAGAGCCUGCAGCUGCUGCAGGAGGCUGUGGGAGCGUGGCGGGAGGAGAAGCAGCAGCUCGGGUUUGUGUUGCAGCUGGGUGACAGCAUCGAUGGCAUCAAUGCCCGCAGUGGCCAAGCUGAGAAAGCCUUGCAGAAGGUGCUGGGAGCCUUGGAGCAGCUCCCAGUCCCUGUGCAUCACGCAUGGGGCAACCAUGAGCUGUAUAAUUUCAGCAGAGCACGCCUGGCACACACCGGGCUCGGCCAGCGUCCUGCUGGAGCCAUGGCAGGGCCACCAGGCCGGGACUGCCAUGCCUACCACUUCGUGGCCACCGCGUGUUUCCGUGUCAUUGUGCUUGACGCCUACGACGUGAGCAUCCUGGGCAGCGAGCCCGACAGCCCCCGCUACCGGGAGUCCCUGCGGCUGCUGCGGGAGAAGAACCCCAACGAUGACCUCAACAGCCCUACAGGACUCAGAGAACCUCGGUUUGUGGAGUUUAACGGUGGAUUUAGCCAAGCCCAGCUGGACUGGUUUGAUGAAGUCCUCAAGUUCUCUGAUGAAAACCAAGAAAAAGUCAUAGUUAUGGGUCAUCUGCCCAUUCAUCCAGAUGCUUCAGACAUAGUUUCCCUAGCUUGGAAUUAUGAAGAUGCCCUGUCGGUCAUACACUCCCAUGGGUGCGUGGUCUGCUUUAUCGCAGGACACCUGCAUGAUGGUGGCUAUUGUUUAGACUCUCAUGGAGUUCAUCAUCUGACUUUGGAGGGGGUCAUCGAAACUCCACCGGAAAGUAAUGCCUUUGGAACUAUUUAUGUCUACGAAGAUAAAAUGAUACUAAAGGGAAGGGGCAGAAUCUCAGACAAAGUUAUGCAUUUCUGAAAAUUGUAAUUGAGUACAAAUUGCUCUUCUUCAGGAAGUAUUGCACCAAAAAAAAGCAGAGGAUUCAGCUUAUUAUUUGCUUGUAGAAAGAUGUGCAUGGCUGAUCCUUAUAGCUUUAACUUGAACGUUUUUAUCUUGGAUACAGAACUUGAGAAAUGAUAUUUCUGUAGAAAAACGUCACUUUUUCAUGGAGAACAGAGAAGGCCAGUAGCCGUGUUUGAAAUAAAUGUACUUGUACGCAGUGUUGACAUGAAACAUUCAGUCCUCGUUGGAUUGUUACUUACUUUGAAAAGUGCAAAUUGUAUUAUGAAUAUUGUCAAAAAACCACUCCUUUUUCUAUAUCAGUGAGAAUUAAAGCAUGUGGAAUUCUACCUGCCCAGCUGCAUUUCAAUAUGAAUUUUUUAACAGCACAGUAAGCAAUGUCUCACAUCUGGCAGAAUUACUCCAUCCCACUGUCUCACACAGUCUCCGAGCAGUGCU